UGUGGGAAUCUGUUUAUUUUUUUUUUGUAAAAUUUAAACAUAAAUUUUAAAAACUAUAAAAACUUAUAAAUUUAAGAGUUGCACAAAUUUUCUAUUGUGGUUUGUACUAAAUUUAUUUUAAAAUCUUCGGCACCAUGUCUCAGAAUGAAAUUCUUUACGUAAAGGGAAUGGACCUGGAUGAAUCUCAAUCUGAAGAAGAUGACGGCAAUGUCUGGGAUGACAGGAAACUAAAUAAUGCAUAUGAUAAAGCUAUAAAAAUAGUGAACGUAGAGGUAGCCAAAAGGAUUGCUAUGUCUACCAACACUCAGACUGAAACUGAUUCAAAACAGAAUCAAGUAAAACCAAAGAAGGAACAACCCAAGAAAAAAUCUAAGAAAAUCAACUGGAAAGCUGGAAUGUCAUGCAGAGCUUUAUAUGAUGAAGAUGGACUCGAGUAUGAAGCAGUAAUCCUAUCUAUACUUAAUGACAGAGAAUGUAUAGUCCAAUUUUCUGAAUAUGAUAAUUUACAGAAAGUAGAACUUAGCUCUUUGCACCCAAUCAUUCAAAAGACUCAAUACUCUCAGUUAGAAAAAGAUGAUGAUGGAUUUGAGAGCCAGUCCCCAUAUGCUGAUGAUGCGGAAUUAGCACCCACGUCACAUGUGGAUUCUAUAAAGCAAAUUUAUGAAAGAGUAAGUUCUAACAAAAAGAGAAAUAAACAGAAGUCAAGAAAUAAUUCAUUCACAUUACCCGAUAUACCAAUGCCUGAUAUGUCUAUGAUUAGAAAUAUGGGUGGUAUAGAGCUUCCCUUUCCACCACCUCCACCACAGUUGGGUGAAGUACAUGAUGAACAACAAGCGGUGUCCUCAAUGCUUCUCAGUUGGUACAUGAGUGGGUACUACACCGGUCUCUACCAGGGUAUGAAAAAGGCCAAAGAAGACAUUAGAAGAGGAAAAUAACACAAGGACAUUAAACACUUUUUUAUUUUGUGUCUAAAAAUUACAUAAAGUUAAUUAAGAAUAAAUUAAUUAUGCCUCCA